UGAUUCGGUCCUUUUCUCCCUCAAAGAACCCAAAAUAGGGCGUUCCUUCUUCUUCGUCCUCACUCCCUUCCUCCUCCAAACAAAAACAUUGAGAGGAAAGUAUUUCGAGUAUUCGAAUAUUUCCAGAAAAAUUGAAUUCUACAGUCAGUACCUCUUAGAUUUAGGGGUUCAGUUUUUUCUCAAUUUAGGGGUUUUUGGGGUCUGGUUAGUUUGAUAUUGAAUCAGAGAAAUGAGUUCUUUCUCAAUCACUCGGAAGAAGACUCCUUUCCAGAAGCAUCGAGAAGAAAAAGAAGCAAAAAAGAAGAGGGCAGAAGAUGAAACAGCUCGUCUUUACGAGGAAUUUCUUGAAUCGUUCCAAGGCGAGGAUGCUCCUGGCUCAAAGACCUUUGUUCGAGGUGGUUUAAUCAAUCCGAAUGAGAAAGCAAAAGUCGAUUUGGAAGGUGGAAUUUCCAAAGAUGGUGUAUCUGGUUCGAAGAAGGGGAGUAGAUAUGUUCCAUCAUUCUUACCACCACCAACGGCAGCAGCUAAAAGCAGAGAAUAUGAGAGGGAGGAACCCAGAGAGAAGUCAAAGGAAAAGGAGAAAGGAAGAAUGAGAAAUAUUGACAACUUUAUGGAGGAGCUAAAGCAUGAGCAAGAGAUGAGAGAAAAGAGAAAUCAAGACCGUGACAAAUGGCGGGAUGGGGAACUUCCUUCUCCAAUUACUCGAUUUGAUGAGCUGCCUGACGAGUUUGAUGCUGGGAGGGGUUCUUUUGAUGACGGUGAUCCGCAAACAACAAAUCUCUAUGUUGGUAAUUUAUCACCGAAGGUGGACGAGAGUUUCCUUUUGAGGACCUUUGGGAGGUUCGGACCUAUUGCUAGCGUGAAAAUCAUGUGGCCGAGGACAGAAGAAGAACGAAGGCGGCAAAGGAAUUGUGGGUUUGUUGCUUUUAUGAAUAGGGGUGAAGCACAAGCUGCUAAAGAUGAAAUGCAAGGGGUGGUUGUCUAUGAAUAUGAAUUGAAGAUUGGAUGGGGUAAAUCAGUUGCUCUUCCAUCACAAGCGCUACCUGCACCUCCACCUGGUCAUAUGGCAAUCAGAAGUAAAGAGGGUGGCACCGUAAUCUUGUCUGGUUCAGGCGCCCCAGUGGCUCCAGUCUCAAAUCAAAACUCUGAGCUGGUCCUUACUCCUAAUGUCCCAGAUAUAACAGUUGUGCCUCCCGAGGAUAGGCAUCUUCGCCAUGUCAUUGAUACCAUGGCUUUAUAUGUUUUAGAUGGAGGAUGUGCUUUUGAGCAAGCAAUAAUGGAGCGUGGACGGGGGAAUUCUCUUUUUAGUUUCUUGUUUGAACUUGGCUCAAAGGAACAUAUGUACUAUGUUUGGAGGCUCUAUUCUUUUGCUCAGGGUGACACUCUCCAGAGAUGGAGAACAGAGCCUUUCAUUAUGAUAACUGGUAGUGGGAGAUGGGUGCCACCUCCUAUUCCCACAGCAAAAAGUCCAGACCUCGAAAAGGAGUCUGGCACAACAUAUGCAGCAGGAAGAACCAGGCGUGUCGAGCCUGAAAGGACACUUACAGACUCUCAGAGGGACAAGUUUGAGGAUAUGCUGCGUGCUUUGACCCUAGAGAGAAGUCAAAUUAAAGACACUAUGGGAUUUUCCUUGGAUAAUGCUGAUGCUGCGGGUGAGAUAGUUGAAGUUUUAACAGAGUCUCUUACUCUGAAGGAAACACCAAUACCCACGAAAGUUGCCAGAUUGAUGCUUGUCUCUGACAUUCUUCAUAAUAGCAGCGCUCCUGUGAAGAACGCGUCAGCAUAUCGUACAAAAUUUGAGGCGACAUUGCCUGACAUAAUAGAGAGCUUUAAUGACUUGUACCGUAGCAUAAGUGGAAGGAUCACUGCUGAAGCUCUUAAGGAGAGGGUGUUGAAGGUGCUUCAAGUUUGGUCAGACUGGUUUCUGUUUUCAGAUGCUUACGUUAAUGGAUUGCGAGCUACUUUCCUUCGACCGAGUACUUCUGGGGUUAUUCCUUUCCAUUCCAUCUGUGGUGAUGUACUAGAACUAGAUGAAAAGGCAGGCCUCCCUGAACAUAUGAGUGAUAGGAACAAGACUAACCAGGACGUGGCAUUGGCUAUGGGAAAGGGAGCUGCGAUGUUAGAGCUGCGUAGCCUCCCCCUUCCCGAGCUGGAGAGGCGUUGUAGGCACAAUGGACUGUCACUCGUUGGGGGUAGAGAAAUGAUGGUUGCACGAUUGCUUUAUCUUGGAGAGGCUGAGAAGCAACGUGGAUCUGAGCUAGAAGAGGACUUGAAAUAUGUACAGGCUCAACCAAGCUCAGGUAGAUAUGCAAAUGUACAGAGAGAUGUGAAUGUUGAGAUGGAGGCUGCACAGUCAGCAACAUGGAACCAUUAUGGGGAUGGUGCGGAAGCACAAAAAGUUAACUAUCUGCCGCAAGCAUUUUCCAUUCCUCAACCUGAAGUGAAAGCAUUCUCGAACAAAGAGAAAGUGGAGACUAUCUUGCCAGCCUCAAAGUGGGCUAGGGAAGAUGAUGAUGAUGAGCCUAAGCAAAGAUCUAGUGGUCUGGGGUUGAGUUAUUCAUCUUCUGGGAGUGAGAAUGCUGCAGAUGAUCCUUCUAAUGCUGAGGAUAAUGAGUUUGCAGCUCAGACUAGUACUGCAACGCAGCCGGAAGUCACUUUAAAUGAAGAACAGAGACAAAAAUUGAGACGUCUAGAAGUUGCUUUGAUGGAAUACCGGGAGUCUCUCGAGGAACGAGGUGUCAGAAGUGCGGAGGAAAUUGAGAGGAAGGUUGCAGUACAUAGGAAACGUCUGGAAUCAGAGUAUGGGUUGUCAGGUUCAAGUGAAAAUCUUCCCAGGAAUAGAAAUUCAGAGAGAAGAGACAAAAGGGAUGAUUUGCGAGAAUCUUCAAGAAAACGGCACCGCAGCAGGAGUCGAAGUGGGAGCCCACCACGGCGGGGAUCACAUAGGGAUACAGAAGACUCCGACAGGGAAUACCGUGCAAAAAACAGGUCUAAAUCUCAAGAUUCAGACAGCGAGCGAAUCAGAAACAGAAGUAAAGACCGUGAGAAGAGCGGAGGUCUUGAGAGGGAUGAUCAUCAGAGAGAUAGGGGACAAGAGAGAGACAAGGAUAGAAGAAGAAGAAUUAAAUGAUAAUUGUAUUUGUUCUGUAUGAAUUGGUUUAGUUGCUUAACAAGGAUGGCUAUAAUUGUAAGUUUGCUUGUUGCUUAUUAGCUUUGUGCUUGAAUGAAAAAGUCGGUCCUAAAUAUUCACUUAGGAAUCAUGUAUACUUUGCAGGACUCACAGUAUUUUCACUUUAUCAUUAGACUUUGGCUGGCUCUGUUUGACGAGCACUUUCAUUCA